GACGUGCCGGGCCCCCCGCGCGCCAUGGCCGCCCCGCCCGCCGCCAGCCCUGCUCCGCUUCCCGACACCGCGCCGCCGGGCACAGGCGGGGCUGGGCGGGCCGGCGGCCUCGCAGCGACCCCGGGGAGGCCAGUCAGCGCCGGCCGGGCGGCUUUCCGCCCAUGUGCUGCUGUUUGUGUACGUGCCGCUGCCGGCAGCGGGCGGGGGCUCCCGCUCUGUGGCAGCUGCUCGCCGGGCCCCGCAGCGCGGCCGCCCCGCAGCCGUGAGAGGAGCGCGCAGCAGCAGGGCGGCGAUGCUGGCGCUGGGUUGCAGCGCUGAGUCUGGCAGAGUCAGCGAUCUGUUCGAGGCAGGAACCGGUGUGAACGCACCUGCAGAUGCCUCUGGUCAGUCUCCAGCUCACUUGGCUGCUUGUGGUGGUGAAGCUUUUUUCCUACUUUGGCAACUGCAGACAGGGGCGAAUUUGAACCAACAGGAUUGCCUCGGAGAAGCCCCGAUUCAUAAAGCAGCAAAAGUUGGGAGUUUGGAAUGUCUUGCUCUUCUUGUUGCUGGUGAUGCCAGAAUUGACUUGUGCAACAACAGUGGGCAAACAGCAGCAGACCUUGCACUGGCUUAUGGUUUUCUGGAAUGUGCCAAGUUCCUCACAACAAUUGAGCACACUCAGACAAUGAAACUGAGAGGACAGUCUGGCUACUCACUAAGUGACAAAUGUGGCUUGCUGAGAGCGGAGCCAGCUGCACAGGAACAAAGUGGCAGAUGCAUAAGCAGGAAGAGGAGAAGAUCAGAUGAUCUUGUCUCCUAGCUGACAAAAGAAACAGCUUGUAAUCCCAAAAUGAAAUCGAGGGGAAUCUGAAGUCUGAAGAAAUAUGAUUGGACUGUGCACUGAGAAGACAGGUGGAUGCUGGUACAUUGUCUCCUUCUGAGAAGGAGGAAAGCUUGUUUAUUUUUACUUCUUACAGAAGACUCUUGUGGGGUUUUUCCUAGCAUAGCUGUAUUCAUACAGCUAUAAAUAAAUAAGCAUGUAACAAUUUUCUCACAUUUUUUUUCUGUGUAAAUAUAAUAACAAAGUUCAGAAAAUUUAGUACAUCUAGCCAUUUUUCUCCGACUCCUCUUCUAAAAUGCUGUUAUCAACAAUACCUGCAGCAACAGAUUCAUAGUGCACAAGACAACUGGCUGUAUGGAACCUGAAAGGUAGAGGACAGUUAUAUUUUUGGCAAGAAAUAAUUAUAUAAAAUAAAAGGAUUGGACAUUUAAUCUGUAAAGAUUUUAGCAUAACAAAAAUUGCUGUAUAAAGUUGUCUUAGCCAAAAGAAGAGAGUAUUAGUUACCUACUAAAUGUAUUUGUAAGAAAUAUAAUUCACAUCAGAUAACUCUUAUUUUUAGAGGUUUCAUUUAAAAACAAACAAACAAACAAAAAAAAAACCCCGAACAACUAAACAAAUUAUUCAAGCAACAUUUAUAUUUCAAACUGGGUUUUGAUUGACUUAAAGCAUUAUUUUGAUAAAUAAUAAGACAGUUAUAUCUAGAUCAGCUAGUAUUCUGGCUUAGCAUGUUCCAGCGUAAGAGUGGAAUUUAAAUAGUUUUUGGUCGCUGAGGUAGGCAAAGAUUAUAAUAGGCGUCCUUGUUCCAAAACUCCGGGCCCUUCCAUCCACACCAGCCCUGUCCAAGAAAAAGCAAAAGAGCAUUUAAAUCCAGUACAAAUUCCAAUUUUCCUAUCUAUGACUACUGGAUAUAUUUAUUUUACUGAUUUUAAUCUAAGUUGUAUGAAUUCUUCUAAAAUGUGUAUAGAAUGCAGCGACACAAUUUUCAGAAACUUCUCUACAUCCCUGGAAACACAUAAAUGGGAAACACUUCACAGAGUCUCUCUCUCACUGCCCUCUCCCUGCCCCGCCCCCAUUUCUAGAAAGUAGCAUCUCUCUCCAUUUGGUUUUUUUCCUCCCUCUUUGUUUCCCCACUUCCCACUAUUUCUGCUGCUACAGAGAAACUAAUAUUCUGAAUCUACCAUUCUCUGUUUCUAUUUCUCUUGUCUUGAAGAAUCCUUGCAGCCUUUGGUAACUGUUGAUAUUUCACAGCCAAACAGAGCUUUUAGUAUCAGAAGGUGGGUUGUUGGUGAUGAUUUAGCAGAAAAACAGUCUAGCAAAGCUCUGAAGUUUGCAUAAUGCCACAUAAUUGCAUCAGGUGUUUUUGAAGAAGAAAAGCUACAAACUUAACAGUCCACCUCAGUUCUUCCCCUCACCUCCCACUUUUGAUGAAGAAAGGGAGUUCAGCAUCUAUUUUAUCCUCCUGGAUGACUCCUGAACAACCUGUACCUGUAAAAGCUUUUGGUUCUACAUGUCCGCUGUAAAUUGUUUUCUUCCUGUAUUUAUUUCAAGCCUUGAUCCUUCUGGGACUUGAAAAAUGUUUCCUCAACAGCUUUUCCGGUUGGGCCCAACCCAAGGGUACCCAAGAUACAAAAUACAAGUUGGUAUUUGCAACUUAGUAUGAAGAACAGAGAAGAAAUGGAUUGCUUAACACCUACAGGAUGAUGUAGCCACCUUCAGAGUUUAAGUUUCUGACACUACGUUUACUGUUUUCUCAUGUGCUGUCAUCCCUUUCAGUAGCUUUAAACAGGGAAAUAACAUUACAUAUCCUUUAGUUCUUCAGAGUUUUCCCAGGUUUUCCAAAUAGCUCAGUACCCAAUACCUGCCUUAGUUUAAUGCCUGAUGUGAGAAUGUCUAUGUUUUGUAUUUGAAAAUAAAUAAAUAGUUAUCUUCCCUGCUUCAGUUAACAGCAUUUUACAGGCUGAACAGAUUUUUCUGUUCCAUCCAAAAUACUAAACACAUUUAUUGUAUAUAUUACUGGGUAAAAGGGGAGAUGGUUUAAUUCAGUGGAAGUAAAGAACAUUUCUUUGUACUAUAAUAACUUUAUGUAGUUGCUGACUCAGUGUAUAUUCUCCAAAUACACCAAGUUUGAGUAACUAACAAUAAGAAGCAUAUAUGCAGGUUAACUGGGAUCAGAACUGAAGAGCCACAGAAUGACCAAUUCUUACUUGGCUGUAUUUUAUUUAUUGCCAAAAUAUACGUGUAUACAUGCA